UCCCUGUAGCAAUCAAUGGCCACUUUCCUCUUCUCUCUCCUCCUCUUCUCCUUUUGUCUCGUCUUGCGCGCCGUCUACUCGCUUUUAUGGCUCCCGCACCGGACCCAUCUCGACUUCCUCCGCCAGGGCGUCCUAGGCCCGCCCCGCCGCCCGCUCGCCGGCAACGCCGCCGACGUCCGCCGACUUUACGCAGCCGCUCAGGCGGCGCCGCUGCCGGCCUUUAGCCACGACGUGGCCGGGCGCGUGGUGCCCCACUACGCCGAGUGGUCGGCCCGUUUCGGCCGGACGUUCGUGUACUGGUUCGGGACGCGGCCGCGGCUUGCGGUGGUAGAGCCGGAGCUGGCGCGGGCGGUGCUGACGGAUCCCACCGGCGCGUUCGAGAAGGUGGGACUCAACCCGUCGGCGCGACAGCUGUUCGGGGAGGGACUGGUGGGGCUCAAGGGGACCAAAUGGGCCCACCACCGGCGAGUGCUCACCCCGGCCUUCAACAUGGAGCGCCUCAAGUGUUGGGUACCUGCGAUUGCCAGUAGCACAUCAAGCAUGUUAGAUGAAAGGGAAGCGCGGGAUGAGAACAGAUUUGAGUUUGAGAUAGAUGUAAAUAAAGAGUUUCAUGCCUUCACAGCAGAAGUCAUUUCUCAAGUGGCAUUUGGAAGUAGCUAUGAGGAGGGAAAGCAAAAUUUUCAAUUACAAGAAGAACAAAUGCUUCUUGUUUCUCUUGCACUAAGAAGUGUGUAUAUUCCAGGGUUCAGGUUCGUACCUACAAAGAAGAAUAAAAAAAGAUGGAGGCUGAAUAAGGAAAUACGGAACUCUUUGAGAAAGUUGAUCGAAAUCAAUGGCAACGAGUGUGAAAGUUCUAGGAACUUGCUUGGUCUAAUGAUUUUAGCUAAUAAGAAUGAUGAGGAAGAGAAAAUGGGGAUUGAAGAAAUUAUAGAUGAGUGCAAAACAUUCUACUUUGCUGGGAAGGAAACAACAGCGAACUUUUUGACAUGGGUAAUUCUUCUUCUUGCGUUGCAUGAAGAUUGGCAGAAGAAGGCUCGAGAAGAAGUUGUUUGUGUUUUUGGCCUCCAUAAACAUCCAAAUGCAGAAGGCUUAGGCAAUCUUAAGAUUGUAAGCAUGGUGCUGAAGGAAACUCUCAGAUUGUAUCCACCUGCUGUGGCGCUCAAUAGGCUAACCACAAGGAGUGUCAAACUAGGCAAUCUUGAUGUCCCAUCAGGCACACACAUUUACAUUCCGCAAAUCGUCAUUCAUCAUGAUGUUGAAGUAUGGGGAAGAGAUGCCAAUGAAUUCAAUCCAUCGAGGUUUGCAGAUGGUAAAGGACACCAUCUUGGUGCCUUCCUUCCCUUUGGGAUAGGGUCCACGGUGUGUAUUGGCCAAAAUCUAGCACUUCUUGAAGCUAAAGUAGCUCUCGCAAUGAUUCUCCAGCGGUUCGAGUUCACCGUCUCACCCUCUUAUGUUCAUGCCCCCAUGCUGCUGAUGACACUCCAGCCUCAGUACGGUGCGCAAGUUCUCAUGCGAAAGAUUUGAUGCGUUGUUCUGUCUUUACUUGCGUCGAAUGGCAUGUAAAUUUUCCAGAAAUGUUAACUGGAAAUGUAUUUACUUGUGGAUCACCUAAACUUAAUUUGCGUGCGACAUUAUUAAUAUCAAACAUUUGCUGGUAAGCAGCUUGUUGGAA